CCUGCCUCGAGGAUACAGCGGUACAUCCGUCUCCUCUUUGCCGGAUCGGGAGUUAGACUACCCAGCUGCGCAGGAGAGCUCCCCUGCGAAACGCGCCAUGGGCAACGGGAGAAUCACUGCCGCUUUUUGCAUGUACACCUGAAGGGUUUUGUGGAUUAUCAACACGUUUUUUUUUUUUGAAAGAAAAAUAAGUAUCUUUGAUUUGCUCGCUUUCAGAAGAGACUUUGUUCAGUCACACGGAAUCAUAAGCCUCUGCCAAGGACUCUUAUUACUUUAUUAUUAACACCACGGUGUGGAUUUCGGCGAAGAGCCGCCAGGAUGGUCUCAUCCGACUGUUUCAGAUUGUUCGUUGUCAUCUUGUGUUGUUCAUCACUCACAAAUGGAUAUUUGGAGAAAGAGCACUCGCCUAAGAUUCUGCCCUCUGACAACCCUUUCAUUCGAUCUAAGGACGAUUCGUUGAACCUAAUAUGCAGAGGUCAUGGGCUGCUGCACUGGACACUUGGUGAUCCCAGUCGAUCAAACUCAUUAGAGGGCGUGAAGGUGGAGCAGUGUGAUUCCGGACAUCACUCUCACUGCAGCAAACUGACAGUCACAAGCUUAAUUGUCAAUGACACAGGAAGCUACAGCUGUAAAUACUCCAAGAAUGGUUUAGAACACAUCAGCUCGAUCUACGUCUACGUCACAGAUCCCGAGCAACCAUUUGUGGGAGCCCAUCAUCAGACAUAUAAAAUCUUGGGCAUCUACAGGCAUGAGACCAGCCUGGUGGUUCCCUGUCGGACGUCCUCUCCUGAUGCGGUUGUUAACACUCACAGGGGUAAGCACCAACCUUUACCAGAGAAGGCCAUUAAGGAAAUGGUCUGGGAUCCGAAGGUUGGAUUCAAGAUUCCCUACGAUCCCAACACUGAGUAUAGCAUGCUCACCUGUAAAACCAUGGUCAACGGUCGUGAGUUCAAGUCAAUGUACAUCCCUCUAAGAAUGACUCUUGUUCUUAAUAAUGUGAAGAUCACCCCAGAGCGUGUCAGAGUGUUGGUUGGAGACACCCUUGUGCUCAACUGUACUGGUGAGACCACCUACGGUGGAAGAAUCAACUUCACAUGGGAUUUUCCAAAGAAGAGUGAAAAUCAACACUAUACGAAAAAAACAACAGUCCGCCCUGCUAUGGUUCUUGUGAUGAGCAAGGCUUUAAUUUUGCCAAACAUUACUAUGGAGGAUAAGGGGGUGUACCACUGCAACGCUGAGAUUGAACCCACGAAACACAAGAACAUCUCAGCAAGAGUCCUUGUCUUUGAGCAUCCAUUUCUCAAUGUCUCCUAUAAGCAUGAUCGGCCUAGUAAGGUGACUGUUAAAGAAGGUAGAAAGAAGCUUGUGUUUGACCCCAAGGUCAACGCUCUGCCAUCACCAGACAUGUUAGCAUGGUAUAAGGAUGGGGUCCCUAUCAACAAGAAUUCCACCUGUUACAAGAUGUCGGGUUACAACUUGAUCAUCAUUGAUGUGCAGCAGAAGCAUGCUGGGGCCUUCAUCAUAAGCCUGGGAAACCAAGUGAAAGGCUUGUACAGGAAUCUGAGCUACACCCUGGUAGUCAACGUGAAACCAACUAUUUCAGAGGCAGAGCUUGCCACUGUGGACGUGCAGCCCUACAUGUUUGGCAAACAGCAUCAGCUAACCUGCACUGCUUAUGGGAUACCCUUACCAAGCAUCACUUGGUUCUGGCAACCAUGUCACUCAGACCCUGCGCUUAUAAAUUGCAUUGAUUAUACCAAGACACUCCCGGUCAACAUUGAUGACAGGGGAAAUUACUCCCACAACUGGAUCAAGAGCAUAAAUGUUAAGCCUGAGCUGGUUAAAGGAAAAAACAAGACUGUGAGCACCCUGGUGAUAGGAGAGGCUAUCAUGUCAGGCAAGUACUCAUGUUGGGCCCAGAAUGAAGACGGCAACAGCAAAAUGACGAUACCUUUCUACGUUGAUGAUCACCCUGAGGAAAUCACCAUCGAACCUCGGGCAGCCAUCGAGGGGGAUGAUGUCACUCUGACCUGUCGGGCAGCUCGCUACCUUUACAAAGACCUACACUGGUUGGAUUCCAGGAAUCAAACGAUCACUUCCAACGUGUCCAGUCUACAUAUCAGCACCUACUCCAUUUCUCUUUCUCUCCGUCUGCAAAACGUGUCCCAAAUCAGCACAACGGGUUACAAGUGCCAAGCAUUCAAGCUCCACAAGAAGGUUGAACUCAAGACCGCUGCACUUUUUGUGGAUGUGAGAAAAAGGCCCUGGCUGAGUCAAAAUCUGACAAAUCAAGAUGUGAACAGUAGCAGUACCCUGACACUGGCCUGCUUUGCUCUGGGAGUUCCUCGUCCGUACAUCAUGUGGUAUAAAAAUGGUGUUCAGGUGGAGGAAGGACCAGGUAUCACUCUGGGAGAGGACGGGGUUCUGACCAUCGAGAGGGUGAAGAAAGAUGAUGAGGGUCUCUACGAGUGUAUAGCCAGCAAUGUUGAGGGUAUUGCGAAAACCAGUGCUGUUGUUACUGUGUUUGGUAAUGAAGGGAAGCCGAACGUUGAGGUAAUCAUUUUGGUGUGUACGGGAGCUGCAGCCACGUUCCUCUGGCUCAUGCUUAUCCUCUUCAUCCGCAAGCUAAGGAAGCAACCGGCACAAUACAAGAUGGGUCCAUCUAUCAUCAUUGACCCUGACGAGUGUCCCCUCGAGGAGCAGAAUGAUCUUCUUCAGUACGACAGCAGUAAAUGGGAGUUUCCCCGUGACCGACUGCGACUAGGCAAAACUCUUGGCCAUGGAGCGUUUGGAAAAGUGGUGGAGGCUUCUGCCUUUGGGAUUGACAAGCUCUCAACCUGCAAGACUGUUGCUGUCAAAAUGUUGAAAGGAGGCGCUACGUCAAAUGAGCGGAAAGCUCUGAUGUCAGAGUUGAAGAUUCUGAUCCACAUUGGCCAUCACCUGAACGUGGUCAACCUGCUGGGAGCCUGCACGAAGCCUGGAGGUCCAUUGAUGAUGAUAGUGGAGUUCUGCAAAUACGGCAACUUGUCCAACUAUUUGAGAGGCAAGAGAGAUGACUUCUCGUCUACAAGGUGAAGCCAGGACGGUAAGGUGGUGUCGUCAGGAUCGGGCUGCGAGCUGAGCGAGCUGAUGAAGCGCCGCCUGGAGAGCGUGGCCAGCACCGGAAGCUCAGCCAGCUCUGGCUUCAUCGAAGAUAAGAGCUACUGCGACUCAGAGGAAGAGGAAGAAGAAUCAGAGGAUUUAUAUAAGCGAGUCCUGACGUUGGAGGAUUUAAUUUGCUACAGUUUCCAAGUUGCAAAAGGCAUGGAGUUCUUGGCUUCACGCAAGUGCAUCCAUCGUGAUUUGGCUGCACGAAACAUCCUGCUAUCUGAGAAUAAUGUUGUGAAGAUUUGUGAUUUUGGACUUGCCAGAGACAUCUACAAAGACCCGGAUUAUGUGCGCAAAGGAGAUGCCAGACUGCCGCUCAAGUGGAUGGCACCUGAGGCCAUUUUUGACAAGAUCUACACGACUCAGAGUGAUGUUUGGUCCUUUGGUGUUCUCAUAUGGGAGAUCUUCUCACUGGGUGCCUCCCCGUACCCCGGCGUCCAAAUUGACGAAGAAUUCUGCUGCCGGCUAAAAGAAGGGACCAGGAUGAGAGCACCAGAAUACUCUUCUUCUGAAAUAUAUCAGACCAUGUUGGACUGCUGGCACGGGGAGCCACAGGAGCGACCGACCUUCAUUGAGCUGGUGGAACAGCUGGGAGAUCUGCUUCAGGCCAGCGUGCAACAGGAGGGGAAGCACUACAUACCCAUCAACACUGCCCUGCUGGCGAAGGUGGGAGACAUGUCCCCCAUGAGCCGUCAGAAGAGGACGCCCACACGACCCGUCGCUCCACCACGCGACUCAGGGAGCACAUGGAAUAUCAAGAUCCGUCCUGCUAGUGUGAAAACCUUUGACGAGGUUACCAUCUCUUUCUGUCUGUCUCUGCAUCAUCAGGGCGGUCAGUCAGACAGCGGGAUGGGCCUGUCGUCUGACAACAUGGAGACUCUGAAGCGCCUCGAAUCACUGGCUGGCCGACCGCUGAGCAUCAUGGCUCUGGCGAUGAAGGCAGUGAGUAAGAGUAAAGAGUCUGUAAAGAGUGACACAGAGAGGGAGAAGUUCCUCCCCACCGUUCCCUCCCUGGACUUCAGUCUGGACGACUCGGCCCUGGACGCUGGUCUGGAGUGCCACAGCCCGCCGCCUGACUACAACUAUGUGGUGCGCUACUCCACCCCCCCGGUGUAAGCUCCUGCUCCGGCCCCGGAGAAUCUGACCGAAAGCCUGGAGUCCUUUGCUUUGUCCUGCUCGGUUUUCGACUCUCGUCUCUGGACUGUAGCAAAGUUUGAGAGGAAAACACACGAGACUCCCUCUUCAGGUGUUUAGACAGGACGUUCUGAAUUGAACCAUGAAUCUACCCGACUGUAACUUCCAACUUCAAGGCGUCUGCUGAGCAGCUAAAGGAAAUCUGUAGACGGUUGAUUCCAUUCCAGUUUUCAGAAGUAGGCGGACGUUAAAGCUGCCGGUCCGUUCCACAUUCACUGUGAUAUGUCAAACAGCUGGAAACAGCCUCAGGUAUUUCUGUCAUCUACUGUGAAAACGAACCCCACUGACUCCCACUUUACUCCAGAUCUGAUCAAACGACAGCCUUUCAUGAUAAAGAACAACAAGUUUAUAUUGAAACCUUUUUUUGAAAACUGGAAAGUAAUUUGUGCAAAAGAAACUUAAAGAGAAGAUGUUUUUGUUAUGUAGCUACAUCCACUCAUAUUCAGAUUUUGAAAACAAUUUAGCAUUGAUUAUGAAUUGUGAAAAAGUCUCAUUUGAGGUGUCAUUGAUCCUUUAAUUUCAGACAAAUAUCAGCUCAACUAACUCAGGUGCACCCUGUUUGUGUUUUUACUCUCUGGGUUUUGGAGGUUAAUGGAGGAACCGGGGGAGAGCCGAGAGCGAGAGCAGGAGGCUUCAGAUUUAACAUUACAGCUCGACCAUGAAGAGUUACUGUAAAUGUAGGUUCCCCUUCCUGGUGGCAAAGAAACUCAAAUGCUCUGUUAUUUCUGUUUGGUCAAACUGAAAAGAAAGUGAGAAGAAAAUCCAAUUGUGUAUGUGUAUUUAUUUAGAUAGUGAACACUGUCACUUAGUAAUCCAGUUCAGUUUAUUCAUUUAGAUUCAUAGUUAAAGGUUAACCAAAGUCCAGCUCAUCUUCCUCAUAUCAACAUAUAGUUUCCCAACACUUCGCUCCAGAUGUAUAUGUUCCUGCUGCUGUAUUCACUUUCAGUAAAGCUGAGGGAAACGCGUCCUUCGCCUCGUGCUACGUGUUGGUGAAGCUCGCAGGGCGAGCGACUACAACUCUCCAUGUGUGACUGGCUGAACGUGUCAAAUCAAGCAUUUUGUGUCCAAUACGUAUGAAAGCUCUGUGGCCCAAACGUAGUGCACACGCCCUGCAGCGCAGCGCUCGUCAGCCACUAAAGAAAACAGUAUUUGUCGGUGAGUAAACUAUAAAGCCGACGUUUUGAACCCCAUGUGUAUUUCCAAAUCCAAUUUAUUGUGUUUAUGUGGAGAUGAAGUGAUUAUGCACUGAUACUUUAUAUCAAGUAUAGUUUUUUUAUAUUCUAAAAAGGUAUAUUAUUGUGAAACAGAGUUAUGGCUCACAUGUUACAAAUAUUUUUAUUUAACUCUUAACUUUGGUGCCUAGUAGGAAAUUAACAUUUGCAAUAUUUGUUAUUUUAUGUUCACUUGUUCUAUUUUUGUCUUACAUUUAUCAUAAUUGGUUCUAUCAUUUAAUGACUGCUAUCACAUAACAUUCAAUGGAUUUUAUUGCAUUUUUUCAUUCAUAAAUAACCUGAGUAAUAAAACCUAUCCAUUUCUGUUAGUUUUAAUGAAAGUAUUGUUAACACUGUUAA